AUGGGGUUUGGGCUCGGUUUCAAGCGCAAUUCUCGGACUCAGCCCACAAAGUCCAAAGCAGAAGAUGAUGACCAGUGGUACAUACCGUAUACCGGGUCAUUCGAGCCUCCACCACGGGAGCCUCCACGCCGCCUGAGGCCCAGGGACAGUUGGGGGGAUCCACUCGACCCGGACGAUGACGACGAUGAGGGCCUCGCCGACAAGGAACUCCAGGAAAGGUUCCGAGAGUACGGGGACACGUCGAGCCGCAACAGCAGCAAGUUCACCGACGACGACCACAAACCCAGAGGGCGGGAUAGGUCAUUUUCAUUAAUGUCUGGUCGAACUGUGUCGUCCGGUAUGGUGGACCCAAGCCGUAACAGCGUUCUUUCCCCGCGGAGGUCAACCGUAACCUCUGGUCAACGUCCACCUGUCCCAUCCUAUAUCCACCUGGAGGCCGCAGGAGGCGUCGGAGAAUCACCUGUACCACAUGUUACCAAAGAACACCUCCUCAGCAAUCGCCUCAGCUUGGCCAGCAUUUUCAGCUUCGCGUCGUCCAGUCGGAAAAAUAGGUCCUCCCCCGAACGCAGUCGGAAGAGUUCCCUUCGUAGAGCACGCCCGCCAAAGUCGGAAUCGACCUCCAGGCAACCUUCAGAACCCAAUACGCGCCCCAGCACUUCUUCUGAAGCUCAAGACUCGACGACGAAGAAAAAACUCGUUUUCCCCCAGCCCGACCCUUCCAAAUUGAACGACGUUGCACCUGAUGACUAUUAUAAUUCCUACUACUCGACUUUGGUUCAAACCCCGGGACACGAGUCUUCACCUCUAAACCACCAGGGUGAAGUGCCUUCAACACAGACCCAGGAAGAUCCAGCCACUUCACCACAUCCCUACGCGUAUAUACCACUUCAAGAUCCUUCCGACCCGCCACAGUCCGCUCCUUUACCCACCACAUCCUCAACACAAUCCAACAAACGCCCGCCCCGUCUCGGUUUCACCAAUCCUGGAAACAAUAGCCUAGGGGUGAGAUCGCUGAAGAACUCGACUUCUACCCCUGACCUGCGCCUCCCUGCUCCCCCUCGCUCGAAAUCCCGCACUUCUCCUUCCAUUAAGGAUCGCUGGCUCUCUGCCGAAAGCUGGUGUGACGCCAUUCUUUUCCCCAGACCAAGAUUUAAACAGGUUGCUCCUCCCCCACCCAGAAUAGUCAGCCCGCCAGAUACCCCUGUGGAAGAGAAAUUCCAUGACCAGGUGGCUGAUUCUGCUGUUCCUUCGAGGGUGCUUGCACAUUCGAAGUCUCUGGGUAACUUGAAACCUCCGCAGCCACCACUCCCACAGGUCGCCAUCACCCCUCCACCUGAACCCACUCCUACUGCCAAGUCUUCCAAUGCCCGACCACCUCGCCCUAAGAGUUUUGCAGCUGACGACCUUGCUCUUAUCAAUCCAGCAUUCUCGCUUGAACAGGUUCUCCAAGAAGGGGAAAAGUUGGAAUUCCAGAGAAGACAGUGGCAGGUCCAAGCUACUUCUUCAAUCGGCAACUCAACUGCACGAAAGCUUGCUCGCUCGCGUUCCAAGUCUUUAACCCAGAAAGGCCGCAAAGUACAGAUUCAGAACAGCAUCGACUACCUUGCAGCGCGUGCUUGUCUUGGCAGCCAGAAUGCUUCUCCCGACAUCCUCCCACCACGUCCUCGUACUUCAUCUUCCACACACGGCACGCAGUCAAUGACAACCGCCGGUCGUCCGUCCCACUCACACUCCAACUCACUGACGAAAUCAUUGUCACUGUCCAAGUCAUCAAAACAUUCUCGCGGUCACUCACGUUCGGAAUCGUGGAGCAAAGGAGACAACAAACAUCCCCGUGUCCCUGCAGCGGAGAUCAACCAUACGCGACCAUCGCUGGAGGUUGCCCUACACAAUGACAACACGAGGGUUAUUCGUUUCCCUGACCCUGCUUUCAUCCCUAUCGACCGGUCGAGCCCAGCUCGCGUUUCGCCCAUUCCAUCUGGGAGUAGUGAUAUCCAUAUGGGAAUUGCUAUCUCCACACCUCCGCCUCCUGACGAUGGACUGGAUCGUGAAUCGAUCAGGAUGCCUGCCCACCCCUAUGCUUCGGCAGGACUGUAUACCCGGAGCAAUCCCGCCCAAGAUACGACGCAGGAAAAGAAACAACCAGAGCGUAGCGGUGCCGAUUAUGCAGGGCCUCACCCAAUCGUUGCUCCUCAUAAUAACCACCAGCCUCCACGGGUAUCUUCCCCCAUGUCCUCGCAUCCAUACGCUCGGGCAGUUUCUCCCGAAUCCGCUGCGUUUGUGGCUCAACCCCGCGACGAUAGCAAUGUUCCUGUGUCGGACAAGAUGUGGGCGCAGCUUUCGCCUGGUAUCGUACGCGAAGUCCUACCGGACGAUCUCGUCUACUCUCCGUUCAUGCAAGACACGUCUGCGGCCGAUGGCGCAGGCGACGACUCGGUCGGGUUGGGUGAAGCGCUUACCUACACGAAUAGCUAUCGGGAUAGCUUCGAUAGCGGAUUGGGCACGAGCGAGGGCCACGUCAUUCAGCCCUACGUCCCAGUUUCUUCGCCGCAGGAAUGGCAAGAGGAAGCGCCGCGGGUGCACCGCAAACCGGUUCAGUAUGACGCCAGUCGACCUGCGUACCCACAACGACCUGGGUUCCCUCACCACCGUCACAACAGCUCUUCCGAUGACCCGGCUUCGUCAGGUGCGGCUGCGCUCCCCAGUAGCGAUCUCCUGCUUCCCAUUCCUGAAGUGGUCGAUCACAAUGGUGUGGUUCCCUCACCUGGUGCAACCUCUGGAACCCCCUCGCCGCCCCCGUCACCUCGCAGUCUCGGCAGUCCGAAUGACCUCGACAACUUCCACGACCUGUUCUACCAGCCCAGUUCUAUCAGACAGUCUGCACUCGACCCCGUGGCUGACCGACCGCUGUCCCAAUCUGCUUCGCUGACGUGGGAGGAGGCCUCGCGUAGCCGAAGGACUGGGAGUGGGUUGACGAGUCUGGCGAGGCAGUUGAGUGAGGAGUUUGAGCAGAUGGAGAGGGAUAGAGCGAGUAGCCAGUACUCGACUGGUGGGUCUUUGAGACAGGACAGCCUCGGCCGGAAGACUGCGAAUGGUGGACUCGAGUUUGUUUUCGAGGAGGUCCGGACGGACUCACCUACCCAGAUGGGUCAUGUGCAUGAUCAUGAGACCGACGAAGACCCAACGCUCCGCCUCAAACCCCCGUUCAGCGUUCCGGAGGACGUUGCGUCGUUCGUCGCAUCUUCGGCAGAGGGUAGGACGGUGGAAGACGAGGAAGACGAAACAGCCGUUUUCCGUGUCGGGUCCGUAGACGCGAUCGCCACGCCCCCCGCAGAGACCGCCGAUCGGCGUCGUUCGUUCAUUGGACUGAUGUCCUACGACAACCGAUUCCCCCGCGAUCCGUCCAUCAGUCCCGACGGACGACACCUCAGCCAGUACUCGGGACUUCAACCACCCGAGAUAACGCGGAGCAGUUAUAUGACGACGUCGACGAUGUCGAGGAUGUCGGGUCUUUCCGACUUCCCUGUUCCGCCUCGGGAUCCGGCGCAUAUGUCGCUCCUGACCGCUUAUUUUGACGAGACGCUCAGUCACCGGGAGAUGCAAGCUCUGCGGGAUACGCCUCACCCGCUCUCGCCUGAGGCAGGACGUCUCGUGCUCAGCGAGACCAGCGAAAGCGACGUAAAGCCUGCCAACAGCACCACUACCACCACCAACACUACUACUAAUACUCCUUCCACGGACUAA